AUGCAUUUGGAACUACCUCUCAAGCUUUUGCUUCUUAUUGUCGAAUACUUGGACUCCAAAGAAGACCUGAACUCCUUUACGAGAGUAUCGAAAUACAUUCGCAACAAGACCAACAAUAUCUUGUACAAGAAACACGGUGAAUUAGCACUUCUGUGGGCCGGUGAGAAGGGAAUAGUGGAGACUGCCCAGCUUGCGUUAAGAUAUUACAACUUCGAAGAGGCAGAUGCCAACCGGAAAAAGGAACUGUGCGAAAGAGCUCUUUUGUUGGCUUGUGACGGGGGCCAUAUUGACCUGAUCAAGAUACUGCUCAAGGAAGGGGUUCUCGCCACGUAUAAAAAUUACGAAGGUAUGAGUGGGCUGUCACUAGCUGCUGGAAAAGGACAUAACGACAUUGUGGAAAUGUUGGUCGAGGCAGGAGCGGAGCCAAAUUGUGAGGAUAGAGAAGACAAAUCGCCUCUAAUGUUGGCUGCCAUUGGGGGUCAUCACCAUACAGUUAACAUACUGCUGGACAGUGGAGCAGCUAUUGAUAGCCUUUGCUAUCACGAGUCCGCUACAGCUCUUAUGUUCGCUGCCUAUCAUGGCCAUGAGAAUAUCGUCAAUAUCCUCCUUGAUAGAGGCGCAAAUAUUGAUAAAACCAAUAUUUUUGGAAAUACAGCUUUAUGGCACGCCAUCUGGGGUUGUCAAAAAGGUGUAUUCCAAACUCUCGUCCAAAGAGGAGCAAAUACUUCCCUUCGGGAUACCGCAGGGAAGACGUAUUUGGAAAGGGCUGAAUUCUAUAGGGGAAUUGAUUGGGAGGAGAAAACCAAUGUCCCCUCGGGAUACCGCAGGGAAGACAUAUUUGGAAAGUGA